UGAGUGUAUUUUAUAAAACAGUUCUCCAGUCGGUUCUGGAAACGUCCUGAAGAGGAAAGAGCUGGAUGUUACUCAGGUCGUAGUGAAGGCAGAGGGAGAAAUGUACUGCGCAUGACCGUACAGCAGAAGCUGUUACAGGCAGUUAUUGUGAAACGAAAGUGAAAGCAGUGUGUUUGCAUGGCGGUUUGUUGGCGCUUCGACUGCAGGUCUCUGAAUCCAGGUUUAUCAUGAUUACUGCUUCUGGUGGACUUUUUCUUGCUUUGUUGUUUUCAGGUGUAUGUGGAGCUCAGUCUGUUUAUGAUGCCCAGUGGCUGCCAUGUCAGUUUCAGGAUGAAAAGGUACAAAUAAAUGAUGAGGGGCAUAAAGAGGUCAAGUUUCAUCCUCGAAAUGCAGGACUGCAGUUCGGGAAUUCAGGAGACAGUCCUAUAAACCCCAAUGCUAUGACUUUCCUUGUCACAACAUCAAAGGUGGAUAUGAGACGUUAUGUGGAAGGUGGUGAGGAUUCGCUGGAAUGUGAGAUCCAGAGAUAUAACACUAAAGGGAUUGUAAUGCGCUGGCCUGGUAUGGGUGCGCAGGAGCACGAUGUCUGGUUCAUCUGUAUUCUCCGCCAUAGUCAGGGCCUGUUUCACCUCACCACCUUCCUCAGACACACACCUGCACAGGAAGGCUUUCAGGAGAGGAUUGAAAUUGGAGACAGAGAGCUUCUGACCACCUCAGCUGUGAUGGUUGUCCUGACACGCACACCUAUCAUUCACGUGGGCCUCAUGAAGGAGCAGACCCUGCAUUGUCAGUUCGCUGUGGACCACAAGCAGGCGAGUGUGACAGUGGAGUGGACGCAUCAGUGGCGUGGCGAGCGCACUAAACUCUUCGGCUACUCGAGCCGCACAGGCAACAGUGAAGGCAGCGGAGUGUCCGUGAAAACCCUUGCGGCAGGAGAUGCCUCUCUGAAACUACCACUCACUAAGCAGACUAGUGAGGGCACAUACACGUGCUCUGUGUUCAUCCCACCACUCCAUUCCAACAGUGACAUUGUCCUCAACAUUCAAGAAGCACCACGUGUAACAUUGAACGUGGGCUCAACCUUGUCUUUAACCCUGGGUCAGGAGCAGAAGGUGGUGUGUGACACUCAGGGCUACUACCCGCUCGAUGUGACCAUCGAGUGGCUGCGAGAGCCAGUGGGUUCAGACCUCCUGCCUCAGGUUCUGAAGAACAUUCUGUACUCCAGCCACCGCCACCAUCAGGAUGGCACAUACUCGCUCUCAGCCUUCUUCCUACUCCAGCCUGGCCUAGAAGAUUCUGGGUACAGGUACACAUGCCGGGUGCAACAUCAGUCUCUGCGCACACCAAUCCGCAAGAGCUUCACGCUCAUCGUCACAGAGCAAGACUCCACAUUAUGGUACAUCUCAGUGUUUGGAUUCAUAAUUGUCAUGCUAGGAAUUCUCAAAUGGCUGCUGCCUCAGUUUAUUGCUGCAAGAAGAAAAGCAGCAAGAAAGAGUUUCUGAGGGCCCAUGCCAGAGGAAUUAUAGCUCCACUCCAUGGAGACAGACAACACCUCUCUCUACCUCUUCCUCCUCCCCUCUCCUUCCACCUCCCCUGCUGUACCUGCCGCAUCGCUGGAAAAGCUUUUUCAGCUAAAGAGGUUGUUGUGAACGCCAGUGUCUGAUCUCAUGGUUUAUGAGGGUAUUUAUACUCACUAAUGGAGCCAUAUGUGAGGAAUAACAGUCCUCUGAACUUAAUUGCAAGACGGAUGCCAGAAUGAUGUUUUUAUUAGCAAAAUCACAUAGUGUGAAAUAAUAAAAUACUAAUAAUUAGAAGAGAUCUUGGGAUUAAUUUGUGUUUGUUUGCAAUGGCUGCUGCUGGCUCACAACUCUGGCCAUCAGUGAAAAUACGGCAGAGCUAAACAAUUUAUGUUUAAGAUAUUCUCCAGGAUUCAUUAAUAGUAAAAUAAUAAAAUAAUAAA